AUGGAGCCCCACAUCCUCCGCGAGGUCUCCGCCAUGCGCCGCCUCCGCAGCCACCCACACAUCCUCGAGCUCUACGAGGUCCUCGCUACCAGAUCCCGGAUCUACCUCGUCAUGGAGCUUGCCCCUGGCGGCGAGCUCCUCUCCCGGCUCCGCCGGCACCGCCGCCUCCCGGAGCCCGCCGCCCGCCGGUACUUCCAUCAGGUCGUCUCCGCCCUCCGCUUCUGCCACAGGAACGGAGUCUUCCACCGGGACAUCAAGCCCCAGAAUCUCCUACUUGACCGGAACGGGCUCCUCAAGGUCACCGAUUUCGGGCUCUCUGCACUCUUUGACCAGAAGCGGGCCGGCGGCGACCUGAUCCACACUGCCUGCGGCACGCCGGCGUACACCGCGCCGGAAGUCGUCCGCCGGAGCGGUUACGACGGCGGGAAGGCCGAUGCCUGGUCGUGUGGGGUCCUCCUCUACCUUUUCCUUGUUGGGAGCCUCCCCUUUGACGAUGGCAAUUUAUCAAACAUGUAUCGGGCCAUGAAUCAACGGGCCUUUGAUUUGCCAGAUUGGCUAUCGAGGCCCGCGAAGAUGGUGAUAUACAAGCUCUUGGACCCGAACCCAAACACAAGAAUGGGCCUAGACGAGUUAAUCGGGCUCUCCUGGUUCAAGAAAUCGUACUCGGAGAAUAAUCUGGCGGCCCGGGACAUCGGGCCGGGCUUUUUGGAUGAGAGUGAGUUGAAGCAUUCCCCUAAGGUAAAUGCCUUUGACAUAAUAUCCAUGUCUUCUGGUUUAAAUUUGUCCGGGCUUUUCGAGAAGGAGACUGUUUGUACGGAGAUGAGGUUUUUCGCCAUUGGUGUGGAUGUGGCUGAGAUUGAGAAGAAGGUUGCUGGGGCUGGGGUUGGAUUGGGGUACAAAAUCGAAUUAGGUAAAGUUGGGGGGUUGAUAAGAAUGGUAAAGGGAGGGGUAGUUUUGGUAAUUCAGGUUCGUGAUGUGGGGUCAGUCGGGUUGUGGUUACUGGAGCUGAAUCUUGUUGAUGGUACUGUGGCCGAUUUGGAGGAUUUACAGUGGGAGGAGUUGAAAUCAGGGCUUAAGAAAGAGGUUUAA